AUGGCAGCCAAAGGCACAACCAUCAAGCGCAUCCAGGCCGCCGAAAUCACCACAAACCCCACUCCAGACUUUUACGCCGCUCCCCUGGAAGAAAACCUCUUUGAGUGGCACUUUACACUCGCCGGCCCACCCGAUCCGUCUCCCUUCGCCGGCGGCGUCUACCACGGCCGCAUAAUACUCCCUCCAGCAUAUCCUCUGCGACCACCUUCAUUCCGCUUCUUGACUCCCUCGGGCCGCUUCGAACCGAAUCGCGAGAUUUGUCUUAGUAUCUCUGGACACCAUGAAGAGACCUGGCAGCCCGCGUGGGGUAUACGAACCGCUCUUGUCGCCAUAAGGAGUUUUAUGGAUACCGAUGCUGGAGGCCAGGUUGGCGGCAUGAGCGCUCCUGAUAAUGUAAGGAAGCAGUUUGCAGAGAAGAGCAGAGAGUACUCCUGUGCUGGUUGCGGCAAAAGCUCCCUGGCUAUUCUGGAAGAACAAGAGCAGAGGUGUAAAGAAUUGGGCAUCGAAGCAACAAACGACGAAGAGAACCCCCUGGUUGGCAAGAUUGGCUUGAUUGAACCCAAGAAGGAAGGAACCACUGCCGAGUCUUCUGCUCCCGCGCCUGCAUCUUCUCAGUCUGUCGAAGCGUCUUCUCCACCAUCACCGCCGACGGUCGCUACUGCCCAGGAAGUCAAACCUACGCCUACGGUUGAGCAAUCACAAUCUCAACCUCAACCUGCUUCUCAAACACAACCUCCUACACGACUCCAACAACAACAACCGCUAGCACAACCAGCAGCAACCACAACAACAGACGCUUGGGUUGACAGAGCCAUCAUCGGCAUAGUCAUCGCUCUCGUCCUCAUGAUCUUACGUCGCGUCGCUUGA